AUGAGGUCCGACAGUGAACCUAACCGCGGUAGUUUCGUAUUUCUUUUGUUUCGUGUGUGCCCGGAGAUUCGCUGCGCACGUGAUUCGCGAGACAGUCGCGUGGAAGAAAACAAUCGACAAGCGUUGGUCAUUAGGUUAGGUAUAGCGCAUAAGGACAUCGCGGAAGGCUACACGAGCGAGCAACAAAGAGACAAGAUGGCAGAUGCUAUGGAAAAUAUUUACACAAUUGUAUUGUUUCUGCCCAGAAAACUCACUGGGAAUAUGAUCGAUUUGAUACCAUCCUGCUGGAUAGCUAAGGAGGAAAAUAACACGUCCCGAUGCCAAUACCCUGGUUCAAGGGACUAUUCAAAAAUCCCGCAGUGGGUUACACAAAGAAAAGAAGCGGAAAAAGACUGGGAAUACUUUUCAAUAGAAAUAAUUGCGUACGCACAUAAUCUGAAACAAGGCAAAAGAAGACUGAGGCGGACGUUCGCCACAGCGGAGGUGCGCAGCACGGAUCAGGGGGAAAAAGAAAACGUAAUGCCCACACUUUUGAGCGAAAGUGACGUACAAGAAGAAUUAGAUAACGUUCAAUAUUUACACGCUGAUCCCUUAUUUUGUGAUAUGGAUAAAUUACUAACUCCAGCGCGCAGCGAAACAGAAACUGAAGGAGAUAGGAGCGAGGAGGAGAAUCAGCAGACGAGAAAAAAAAGGAAAACCACAUAUGGAGUCCUACAGGAAAAAGUGGACCGCUUGGAGGAAAAGUUAGACGUUAUUUUAAGAGCGAUCAAUUGUGCAAAGAGAAGCAUACAAUAUGACAUCGACAGAAAGCUAGACGCUUUAAAAAAUACCAUUACGAUUAAUCGUCUCGAACAUGCGGGCAGCCGUAACAUUGAUGAAAUUCGAACAUCGUUGGAAACAACGUUCCCCAUAACAAAUAUGCAAGACUUCCUGCAAUUUGAGGCAGCUAUUGCUGAUUCCGCGAAUAAGAAAACAGCUUUGGUGAUUAUGCACAUACAUACUUAUAUAUUGUUGCGAGCGCGUCGCGGUAUUGCGAGCGCAUCGCUCCUGAAGUCCGCGGAUUGCAAGCCGGGAUACGUAGCAACGGUUGCUACGUGGAUGGGUCGAGGUGGCCCAAUCACCUGGCCGGCACGGUCGCCAGAUUUGAACGUGCUCGACUAUUUUGUUUGGGGCUAUGUUAAAGCUUCAGUCGAGCACAGGCGUGAUGGUAAUGAAGAUGAAGUACGUGAAGCAAUUGUUGCGGCCUUUAAUACCAUCACGCCGAACAUGGCGCACCGUGCGACGCAACAGAUAAUUCGAAGAGCUGAACUCUGUUUACAAGCAGAAGGAAGCCACUUCGAACAGUUAUUGCCUUAA